AAUCGAAUAUCAUCUGUUGCUGGUUUCCUAAUCUUAGGUGAUGUGUGUUCCAAGAACCAGUUACUUUCAGCCUUUGCUUACAUACUAAACAAACCAAGAAAUGGGGGGAAGUUAGGCCAACGGUUAUAGUUUCAACUCCUUUCUUCAAUUCAAUUUUCACUUCAACUCAAAGCAAAGCUGCAGAAGAAGAGAGGUUUGAUUCUUGGUCAUCGUCUCUACCAAUCUUCACCUUCCCUGCUGUUCCUCUGUCCUUUUAUUCCCCUCUCUGCUCCCCCUUCUUCAAAAUCCAGAGGCCGAGUUAUGUUAUUUUUCAUAUAGAUUCUUGGUUGAUCGAGCGAAUAUGAAUAUGAAUAAUCGUGGGUUGUUAACGACAGACUCGUUUUGUAACUCCGGGGCUGCAGCCACUUCGGGCGAAGAUACGAUGAUGUCUGUGGUUGCAAGAACCCAGAGCCAGUCAAGAACACAGCCUUCUCCUUUCAUGGUGAGAGUGGCAAUGAGAAUAUCGAGAGCGAGGUGGUUCAUCUUCCUGAGAAGAGUGUUUCACUACCAGAAUGGAUCAACAACGUCUGAUCUCGGGUCGAAUCCGUUCAAUUCCCUGACUUGGAUGAUGAUGGAGUGUGUAACUUUGAGUGUCCAAAUCAUGUUUACAGCAUAUACCCUGGCUGUCUCAAAGGAGGAAAGGCCUGUUUGGCCGAUGCGAAUUUGGGUUUCGGGCUAUGCUUUUGGCUGUCUGCUUAGCCUUUUGCUACUCUACUGCAGAUAUUGGGUGUUCUAUCUGAGGCAGAGAGAUGAGUCUUCUGCAGUAUCUGAUAUAGAGCAGCAAAGAAGCCUUGAGGGAUCAAGUGUGCAAAUGGUGGAGAAAUGCAGGACCUGCGUUGAGCUAUUCUUCGCGAUAUGGUUCGUGAUGGGGAACGUUUGGGUGUUUGACACGCGAUUUGGAUCGUUUCGUCGUGCCCCAAAGCUCCAUGUUCUAUGCAUCUCUCUGCUGGCCUGGAAUGCUGUCACCUACUCAUUCCCAUUCAUUCUGUUUGUGGUGCUGUGCUGCUGUGUGCCCAUGGUUAGCAGCUUCCUAGGAUACAACAUGAACAUGGGAUCUGUCGAGCGGGGGGCAUCCAAUGAACAGCUCUCUAGUUUGCCAACCUGGAAGUACAAGCAAGUCUGCAACAACCCAGAUUUGGAGAAUGAAAAUCCAGAAUGCUGCAUUUGCUUAGCACAGUAUCGUGACAAGGAAGAAAUGAGACAACUGCCAUGUUCCCAUGUAUUUCAUCUCAACUGUGUUGAUCAAUGGCUCAGAAUCAUAUCUUGCUGCCCUCUCUGUAAAAAGGAUUUAGCUAGAUAGAUGAAGUCACGAUGAUGAUGCUAGGUUUCCCUGCAUUUUUUUUCUUAAUUUUAUUUUCUGAUACAUACAUAAUUAAACAAGCAUAAAGGGAAGAUAUAUAAUUGUAUGUAAUGUAAUAGAGUGAGGAAAAUCAUGUUGAAAGUGGAAGAUCUGAACUUGUUUCAUUUGAGUGGGGAGACUGCCAUCCAUCUCUCCCAAGUCCCAAAUACUUGUAAAUGUUAAAAUAGUCUCAAUGCAAAAUGUUCAAAGAAUC